AUGGCCGGAACCGGAAAAUUCGCCAUCGCGGGGCUCGCGUCGGUCCUAGUGGUGGCGAUGGUGGUCGCCGCCGUGAUAGUAGUUUCGAAAAACAACGCCGCCGGGGAGGGCGGCGCCGCCGUCACCGCCAACAACAAGGCGGCCGAAGCUCUCUGCUCCCAGACCGAUUACAAAGAAACCUGUCAACAGUCUCUCUCCCAAACCAACAGCUCCGACCCCAAAAAGCUCAUCCAGGCGGCGCUGGAAUAUUCCGUCGACACCAUCAGCGCCGUCGUCAAGAAGUCGGAGCUCUUCAAAAAGGCGGCGGAGGACCCCGACGUCAAAAACUCCCUCUCCGUCUGCCAGGAGGUGCUCAACGCCGCCGUCGACGACCUGAAACGCACCGUCGAUCAGGUCGGAGAUUACGAUCCCGACAAGCCGGAGGAAUUCGUCGAGGAUCUCCGGUCAUGGCUGAGCGCCGUCGGAACUUACCACCAGACCUGCGCCGACGCCUUCGAGAACACCUCCGGCGACACCGGCGAGAAGAUCAAGCAGCUUCUGAAAACCGGCAAGGAAUUGGCCAGCAAUGGCCUGGCCAUGCUCGACGGCGUGACGUCGAUUAUUCAAUCCCUCGGAUUCGAAGGUUUUAAAUCCGGCCGUCGACUCUUCGCCGACGACGCUUCCGGCGCCGGCGCCGGAUUCGACCACGCUGAUCGUGUGCUGUACGAUUUCAACUCGCCGCCGGCGGGAUCCGCCGCGAUUAAUUCCGUCGUGGCGCAGGACGGCAGCGGACAGUUUAAGACGAUAAACGAAGCUAUAAAAAUGGUGUCGCCGCAGAACAAUAACACUUUCGUCAUUUUCGUGAAGGCCGGCGUUUAUAAUGAAGAAGUUAUAAUUCCUCGGUAUAUGAACAAGAUUGUGCUGUUGGGGGAAGGUCCGGGGAAGACGAAGAUCACCGGAAGUAAGAACUCUGUCGACGGCGUGAAGACGUACAACACGCCGACCGUCGCGAUCAACUCCGACGACUUCGUGGCGAAGGACAUGACGAUCGAGAACGCCGCCGGGCCGGCGAAGGGCCAGGCAGUGGCGCUGCGGGUCUCCGGCGACCGGGCCGUCUUCUUCAACGUGAACAUCGAAGGCUACGAGGACACGCUCUUCACGCACACCUACCGGCAAUUCUACCGCGACUGCACCAUCGCCGGCACCAUCGACUUCAUCUUCGGUGACGCUCUGGCGAUCUUCCAGAACACGACGAUCGUCGUCCGGCGGCCGGCCGACGCCCGCGCGUGCACGAUAACCGCGCAGGGGCGCGUGGAUCCGCGAAGUCUGGGGGCGAUUGUGGUGGAGGGCGGCCACAUCACCGCCGCGCCGGAGCUUCUGGCGGCUGCGCCGCCGGUGCCGGCGUUCCUGGGGCGGCCAUGGAAGGAGCUGUCGAGGACAGUGAUAAUGCAGGCGGAGAUCGACGGCUUCAUCUCGCCGGAGGGGUGGACGCCGAUGAACGGGAACUUUGCGCUGGACACGUGUUAUUAUGCGGAGUUUCAGAAUCGGGGCCCCGGAUCCGACACGAGUAAACGGGUCCAGUGGAAGGGUAUUCAGCGCAUUGACCCGGCGACGGCGGAGGGGUGGACGCCGGCGAAGGCGUUCCUCGGCGACUCUUGGAUAGUCAACGCCGGAAUUACGUACGAGCCAGGGAUGAUGAAGGUCUAA